CGAGUUAGAGCGCCGAAGUGUUACGUUAGUUCGCCUAACGUUUUCAAAAAUAGAAGCCGCGCCGGUUCAUCGUCAUUUUUAACUUUUACAGCAUAUUCAUAACUUCCACUUAUUUUGCCGAAUAACCUCUUCAUUUAGUGUGUUUUGCUGCACUUUCCUGUAUAGACAAUGGCUUACAGUUGGGACAACAGAGUCAAUUUCGUCGUUCGCUAUUUGUAUGAUCUGGAUGGUAACGGAUACCUCGAUGAAAAGGAUUUUGCCUGCUUGGCCUUAAGAGCUACAAUCGUCGAAGGUAAAGGAGAAUUUAGCUACAGUAAACUGCAAGAAAACCAGCAUAUAAUGUUUGGUCUUUGGGAAGAGAUAGCAGAACUCGCAGAUUUUAAUAAGGACCUUUUGCAGGAUGGUAAAAUUACAGCGGAGGAAUUCAAGCAAGCAGUCCAACAGUGCUGUAUGGGAAAACGAUACGAAGAUUUUCCGCAAGCCAUGAAAAUGUUUAUAGAUUCUAAUUUUAAGAUGGUUGAUCUCAACGAUGACGGAGUGAUAGCAGCAGAUGAGUAUAGAUUCAACUGUAUAACAAAAUUUGCAAUAGAUGACGUAGAGAUUGUAGAUGAGGCAUUUAAUAAUAUGCUUAAUGAUGACGAUAGAAGACGAGGUGGUAUAACAUUAUCACGAUACCAAGAACUGUAUGCAGAAUUUUUAGGAAAUCCAGAAGAAACACCUGCAGUAUAUCUAUUUGGUCCCUUGUCAGAAUUCUUUUAUUAUGAAGAUGUGUUAGAAGAUGUGUUAGAAGAAAUUUAACACUUAUUUUGUACUGUAAAAAAAUAUGAGUUUUACAGUUAAGUACUACCACAAAAGUUAACUUAUUUGAUUUCGUAGUGUCGUGAUAUUUCUACAGAAUGCCUUUUAUUUCAAAAUUUAUUGUUUUAAAUAUUUUAAUAAUUUAGUAGACUUAUCUUUUUUUAUUCAAUAGGUACAUACAGAUUGAGUUUUAUGAACAAUAUGUUUUAUGUAUGUAUGGCCCCAAUUACUUCGGAAACGGCUUGCACGAUUUUUAUAGAUUUUGAUGGGUAAGGGUCUUAUAAUUCGGCCGAUUUUAUAGUGGUAUUUAUAUUGUUAUCAGAUCUUCUGUUUUUCUAAAAAUAUAAUGAACUUUCUUGUUUCAAAUGGAACACACCGUAUAUUUUUUGCGUUUUGAAGUACAGUAUGCGGCAAAAUAAACAGUACUGAAAUGAAAAUUGAAAUGUUUAUGAUUAUUUAUAUAUCUAUAAUACAUGAAGUCUUGCAAACAUCAUUCACGACGACGCACUUUCCCGAUAAAACAAAUGUUAAAGAUGCCCUCUGGCCAGUGGCGGAUCUACGGGGCGGGAAAAUGAGGAAAUUUCUACUCUAACAAGGUCCAAAAUUAAAGAAAAAAAAUUGUUCCAACAUAAAAAUAUAUUAGCUCACAUAAAACUGAAACCAGAGAAAGACAAAUUCAACCCAAUAAACAAGCUAGUUAGGAAAAUUAGAGGAAGCUAAUGCCUAUAAGUUAUUAUUUAUGUAUUUAUGUAAUCUGAGUUUAUCUUUUUAAUGUCUUUUGGUUGGUUUUUCAUUGGAAGUUCCCCCUUAGGCAAAUUGCCCCUUCCAAGGCAAAUUUCUAGAUCAGCCACUGCCUCUGGCACGAAAAAAACUUUAAUUCUAGUCCUCAAUUCCGAAAUGGCAGACGGUGAUCCCUUCAGCAUUCCCCAUAUGUACGCAUCUGGUGGCGUUAGUUCUGGCACAGAAUAACUAACUAUACAGAAGCGAAUCUGACUGUCGUUUCCAUUGAUUUUGUUGGGACCGAAAUAUUUGACCUUGUGCACCAGUUACAGAAUAGAACUUGAUGUUCUAAGGAAUAGACCAUUCCAAAUUAGGUAAUAUUUUUGACAAGUAGUUAUUAAUUAAAUAUGAAAUAUAAAAUUUAACUAUAAAAUAUAAAUAAAAUAUAAAAUAAAACAUAUAUAAAUAUAAAAUUUAACUAAAAACAACUGUCACUGUCAGUCGCAAAAGUGAGGUUGCACCAGUUACGUUGACACAUGAGCAUGAAAAUUAUGUUACCGUUUUCGGCAGGAGUUUCGCUUCUGUAUGGUUAUUUAAUCUGUGGUUCUGGUGAUUGGCAGCUCCAAAAAUGAUCGCACAGUAUUCGAAGAAACUCCCUGGGAGUGUGACAUGUUAUCCUGUCCUGCUGAAAUCUUGUUUAUUUUAAGCUUGGACCGUUUUCGUGACCUUUUCCGUAUGGCCGAAAUUAUACUCCACUAUAAAAAUUUUUUCUGCAAAACUGAGAACCAUUCUGAAGUAUCUAAAUUGGGUGCGUUCGGACGACCACAGCGGCUGGACAGCUGAGCCAGUAGUAGCUGUCAGACGUCACCGCUGGAAGCCAGCCGCUGAGAGAUUUACUAAGCUUUCCCUAUCACGGCUGGAUACAACCACUCAGCCGAUUUCUGCUGACCGCCAGCCGCUAUGGUCGUCCGAACGCACCCAUUAACAUGAUAUAGGGCUUUUCAUCGAUUGUCAUUUGUUUCGAGCUUCUGUCAUAUGUUGUAUAAUCUGUGUAUACAAAUAUUAUAUACAGAUUAUACAACAUAUGACAGAAGCUCGAAACAAAUGAGUGUGAAUGAAAAGCCCUAUUGACAAACGAUAUAACAACGUUCAAAAACCACUCAAUACGUUUCGGCACAUGACACAUACAAAUUUGAGGCAUACGAAUUUCAGUACCUACUGUUUAUUUUGCCGCAUACCGUACUUAAGAAAUAUUGAUUAUUUAUUUUUCAUGUAAUAUACCUAAAUGCCACAAUUUCGGAGUUAUUUUAAAAAAAUUUAAUCCAAUUAUCAAAAUCAGUUGUUUCGGCCUAGGCAGACAUUGUUUUGAGUUCUUUAAACUUUGGAUCAUUGGCAACAGAAAAGAUAUUUUAUAUUUUUUCUCUAAAGUUGGUGGUUUUCGAGUUAUAAAUAAUUUAAGGAAAACUGAAAAAAAAAAGAACUAAAAAUGACGAUUUUCAAGGCUUAAAACCACAACUAAAAAGUAUAAUGUUUUGAAGUUACGAUUACGAAGUGUCUAAAUUAAGCUCAAACCUUCUUCUAUAGGCUUCCCAUCAUAAAAAUUUUGGGCAUGGUUUAAUAUAAAACAUCAUUUUUUAAUUGUUAAUGAAGCGCUUGUAAGAGAAUAAGCGAUCGGGCUUCAUGAACAACCAAAAAACAAUAUUUUAGAAUGAAAUAAACGCAAAUUACUUAUCGGAAACUGAUAAAAUAAAGUUUGAACUUAUAUUUAGGUACUUCUUAAUAUCAAAAAGUAUAUUUUGUACUUGUUUUUGUGACUUGAAAAUCGUCAUUAUUCGUUUUUUUCUUUAAACUGUUUAUUACUCGGAAACGAUCAACUUUAGAGAAAAAUUACUGAAGAGUUUUCUUGUUCCCAAUGAUCCAAAUAACCUAAAAUUAUGUCUUCUCGGGCCGAAAAAAUUGACUUUAUAAUUUGCUUCAAAUAUAUUUUUUAAAUAAAUGUAGCAAUAACUCCGGUUUUUAGGUAUAGGAAAUAUUACUCAAAAAAUAAUUGACAUUUCUUAAGGACUUCAAAACGCAAAAAAUAUACAGGGUGUUCCAUUUGAAAUAAAAAAUUCAUUAGAUUUUCAGAAAAGCUGAAGAUUAGAAUUAGAAAUAUGCUUUAUUGUCAAGAAAAGUUGUACAAUUUUAUCGACAAAGCUUAUGAAAAGUCACGAAAACAAAACAAUAACAAUACAAUUACAUAUUUACUAAAAUUGCAGAAAUCGUCUAUUAAAUAAAAAAAUAUAUAAGUAUAAUAAUAAUGAAGUAAACAGAAACAAUCAAUUGCAAAAUUUAAAAAUUUAAAUAAAUUGCAAAUUGCAUAGUCUACCUUAGUAACUAAUAAGUUUAAAAGUUAGGCUGCUGCAUAUGACAUCCAAAUACAGAUAAAAAAAACUACUUGUACAAAGGGGUCAAAGUGUACUGUAAUUUCUUAGUUAUUGAUUAAGAAACUCUUCUACUGAAUAAUAUGGUCUUUCAAAUAGAUAGGCUUUUAUAAUUUUAAUUUAGAUAAUUUAGAGAAAGAUGUUGCAGAUUUAAGUUGCAGAGGGAGAUGGUUGUACAGUUUUUUUGCGGAAUAUAAUAUAUAUUUCUUUACUAACUCGGAGAACGGGGUCGGUAAAUAGACGUCAAAGGUAGAAUUUCUCGUAAAACAGUCAUGUUUAACACAUUACAGAAGCUACUUCAAAGAUCACAGGAUUUUAACUCUUCCUUCUUUAUAAUAUAAAGGUAGAAAUUUCUCGUAAAACAGUCAUGAUUAAGAAAGACAUGUAGAUGUUUACGAAUUAAGCAAACACUUUCUAAAAUAUAAUAUAUUUUAGAAAGUGUUUGCUUAAUUCGUAUACAAACACUUUCUAAAAUAUAAUAUAUUUUAGAAAGUGUUUGCUUAAUUCGUAAACAUCUACAUGUCUUUCCAGCAAGACCUAAUCAUGACUAUUUUACGAGAAAUUUUUACCUUUAUAUUAUAAAGAAGGAAGAGUUAAAAUCCUGUGAUCUUUGAAGUAGCUUCUGUAAUGUGUUAUUCUUCUGAGGCCAAACAGAUAUCUUAUUGCUCUUUUUUGUAAUUUGAAAAUAACAUCGGAUUGGGCAACUGUACCAGAACCCCAAAAAGGAAGACCAUAUCGAAGAUGCGACUCGAACAAAGAAAAAUAUGUUAUUUUGGAAGAUGCUAAAUUGAGUUCCUUCGAAACAGAUCUUAUAGCAUAGCAAGCUGAAGAUAAUUUCUUCCUUAACAAGUCAAUAUACCUAAAGGGACUAUUUAAGGUUGCUGUCUAAAAAAAUACCAAGAAAUUUUACAGAAUCAACGGUACUGAUCUGGCUGUUAUUAAGAAGUAAGGGUUGAAAAGCUCCUUUAUAAGAUAAUACUACUUACUGUUUUAUAUACGUUAAACGAGAGCAAAUUAGAGUCGGGCCAGAUUUUUAUUGUAAGUAGAUCAGAAGUUAUACCUACUAACAUGAAGAGUUGCAAUAUUUGAGUUGCUCCAAGUGAUACUGGUAUCAUCAGCAAAAAGAAAGAUUUUUUCAUCGAUUUUUAAACUAGUGAUGUCAUUAAUAAAGAUAAGGAAAAGUAGAGGACCCAAUACUGAACCUUGAGGUACCACACAUACAAUGUUUUUGAGACUAGAGUCUGUAUCAUUUGCUUGAACCAGUUGUUUCCUAUCUUUCAAGUAAGAUUGGAACCAAUUCAAAGAAAUACCUCGAAUUCCCUAGAAAUUUAGUUUUUUUUAUCAAGAUGUGUAGAUCUGACAUGUACCUAAAUACUACUAUAAUAUCGGCCGCAUUAGAAGACACUUACACACCAAAAUCUAUGAAAAUCGUGCAAGUGGUUUCCAAGAUAAUUGAGGCGUUUCGUACAUAAACCUCACUCUGUAUUUUCUAAUAGGUAUUGGUGUUUCAUUGAAACAUUUCAUGAAACUGUAAAAAAAUGUUAUUAGCUGGAUAAAAACAUUACGAUACACUAUUACUAAGGUACUAGUACACUUUAGAAGACCAAAAAUAAGCAUUUUUCAAGAUUUUUUUUCUCAGAACUUUUAUUAGAAAUGAACAUAAAACUGUUUACAUAUUAAUAUCUAAUUCUUAGAGAAUACAAAAAAUAUAUCUUUUUUCAUUUAUGCACGUACACUAAUAUUGUAGAGGGCGCCAAAGUCGAGGCCUCGAAAAAAAGUAGUUCCGAUGUCGGACAGUUAAUCUCAGGAUUGGGAUCUCUGAAACAAAAAAAAAAAGGUUUCUUACGUGACAAUUUACCACCGUAAAAAAUAUUUCACGGAAAUUUGAAAAAAUUUUGUGAAAAAAUCGCCCGUUUUUCUUUAGUUUUUCAUGGUUAAAAAAUAUUUAUUUUUUAUUUUUUGGUCAAAUUGUGGUAAAUUGUCACGUAAGAAACCUUCCUUUUUUAAAUGCAGUACGAUUUUUUUGUUUCAGAUAUGCCAAUUCUGAGAUUAACUGUCCGCCAUCAUUUUUCGAGGCCUCGACUUUUGCGCCCUCUGCAAUAUUAGUGUACGUGGAUAAAUGAAAAAAGAUAUAUUUUUUGUACUCUCUAAAAGUUAGAUAUUAAUAUGUAAAAAGUUUUAUGUUCAUUCCUAAUAAAGGUUCUGAGAAAAAAUUCUUGAAAAAAAUAAUUAUUUUUGGUCUUCUAAAGUCUAAAGUGUACUAGUAUCUUAAUACCUAUACAAAAACCAAAUUGCUCCCUUACUUAUAAUAAUUCAUAUCUAUAUUUGAGCAAUACUGAAAAAUUCAUUCUUUAAAGUUGUCUUCACUCUUAAAAACUACAGAAAAGUUAUAGUUUCGAUUAGUUUGAUAUUCACUUUAGAAUAUAAGACAAAACUGUAUACAAUAUUUUGAGAUUCUAACCCCUAAUAAGUGUUCUUAGUCACACAAUGGGUGCCUUCGGACGACCACAGCAGCUGGAAAGCUGAGUAAGCAUUAGCAUUCAGACAACACCGCUGGAAGUCAGCCGCUGAGAGAUUUACUAAGAGUUUCCCAUUAGCGCUGGAUACAAUCACUAAGCCAUUUGGUGCUGACACUCAGCUGCUGUGGACAUCUGAACACACCCAAUAUCAACAUUACAUUUGAUGAUCUACCUCUAUUUUUACUUAUUUUUGAAUUUUAUCAUCGUUUAUAUACUUAAUUUAUACUAACUAUAACACUCAAAUAUUAGAAAAAUAUUGUUGUGUCUUAUAUUCCUCUAUAUCUUUAAAGCUCUUUUUGUUGUAUGUUUUGUUAUUUUUGUAAAUAAAUAUAGCUAGCAUUAA